AUGGGAUCAACAAUGAAGCAAUCUAUAUUUGAUGAACAAACAUCGAAAGCAUUAAAGAGUUGGCACAAGAACGCAAAGAAAAAGCCUGAUGGAAAGAAUCCAGGAGACGGUAAUGAGCCUGUUGUCGCUACCAAUGGUGAUAAAUCGGCUCCAUCUGGGGGUGGUCAGACAAAUAGCCGUGAAACUACACUAGAUGUUGCUGGGGGAAAUCGUAGUUCAAACAAAGAAGAUAAAGAGGCUGAACCUGGAAAACAACCACUUGACUUACUUACAGGUUCAUGAAGAAAGAGAUC